CGCGACCGCGCGCGGGCGGGCGCUCGGCGGCUGCAGAGGUGCGGAGGCCGCCGCGCCGCGCCGCUCCGCUCCGCUCCGCUCGGGCUGUUCCGGGAGUCGGGCGGGGAGCGCGGGCCGAGACCCAGCGGACCGGACGACCUCUCCUUCGUCACUUCCUGCCGGCCCGCUGUUUCCGGAGGGAACGAGAAGCCAGAAAGAAAGAUCACAGCUUUCCCAGACUGGGAGAAAAAAUAUGGAAUGUGGUGUACCACUGACUGACCAUAACCAAAUGAACUGUACCAACAGUAGUUUGAAAGCCAGCGGUUAACAAUUUCUUCAGACUUCAACAUUGUCCGGCGCUUCCCAGAGCAGACUCACUGUUUACAAGAACUCUUGGCCUCCCCAAGUUAGCAACCUCAAAUUUUGUUUAUUUAAAAUAUUUCUGCGAAAGAAAAGUCCCCCAGAGUCCAUUUUCCACCAUGGCCAUGGAUGGGUAUCUGUGGAUGGUCAUUUUGGGUUUCAUUAUUGCUUUCAUCCUGGCGUUUUCAGUUGGUGCAAAUGACGUUGCCAACUCCUUUGGAACUGCGGUAGGCUCUGGCGUGGUGACCCUGAGACAGGCAUGCAUUCUGGCCUCAAUAUUUGAAACUACUGGCUCUGUGCUACUAGGAGCGAAAGUGGGAGAGACCAUCCGGAAAGGCAUCAUUGACGUGAACCUCUACAAUGAGACCGUGGAAACGCUCAUGGCAGGGGAAGUGAGCGCAAUGGUUGGCUCAGCUGUCUGGCAGUUGAUCGCGUCCUUCCUGAGACUCCCAAUCUCAGGGACUCACUGCAUCGUUGGCUCCACCAUCGGCUUCUCGCUUGUGGCGAUUGGCCCGAAAGGAGUGCAGUGGAUGGAACUCGUCAAGAUUGUUGCCUCCUGGUUUAUAUCCCCACUUCUUUCUGGCUUCAUGUCUGGUGUGCUCUUCAUCCUAAUCAGAAUGUUCAUCCUGACAAAGGAGGACCCUGUUCCAAACGGUCUCCAGGCACUGCCCCUGUUUUAUGCUGCUACCAUAGCAAUAAAUGUCUUUUCCAUCAUGUACACAGGAGCACCAGUGCUCGGCCUGUCGCUCCCCAUCUGGGCAAUAGCGCUCAUAUCCUUCGGCGUUGCUCUGCUGUUCGCCUUCUUCGUGUGGCUGUUCGUGUGUCCGUGGAUGAGGAGGAAGAUAGCAGGCAGAUUAGAGAAGGAGAGCGCUCUGUCCCGCGCGUCUGACGAAAGCCUCAGGAAAGUACAAGACACUGAGUCCCCGGGCUUUAAGGAGCUCCCUGGUGCCAAAGCCAGCGAUGACAGCGCUGUCCCCCUCACCAGCCUGGCUGGGGAGGCUGCGGGAGCCUCAGAGAGCACGUCAACAGGGAACCACCCCCGGGCUUCCUAUGGACGGGCACUUUCCAUGACUCACGGCUCUGCAAAGUCACCCAUCUCCAAUGGUACAUUUGGCUUUGAAGGCCACAUGAGGAAUGACGGUCACGUUUAUCAUACUGUACACAAAGACUCGGGGCUCUACAAAGACUUGCUGCACAAAAUUCAUGUAGACAAGGGCUCCGAGGAGAAACCAGCUCAGGAAAACAACUACAGACUGCUUCGGAGAAACAACAGUUACACCUGCUACACGGCAGCCAUCUGUGGCUUGCCAGUACACACCACUUUCAGAGCCUCGGACACCUCCUCUGCCCCCGAGGACAGUGAGAAGCUGGUGGGUGACAGUGUGACCUAUUCCAAGAAGAGGCUCCGCUACGACAGCUACUCCAGCUACUGCAACGCAGUGGCUGAGGCCGAGAUUGAGGCUGAAGAAGGUGGCGUGGAAAUGAGGCUGGCGUCUGAGUUGGCCGACCCUGACCAGCCUCACGAGGACCCCACAGAAGAAGAGAAGGAGGAAAAGGACUCCGCUGAGGUCCACCUGCUCUUCCACUUCCUGCAAGUCCUCACUGCCUGCUUUGGGUCCUUUGCUCAUGGUGGCAAUGAUGUGAGCAAUGCUAUUGGUCCCCUUGUGGCUCUGUGGCUGAUAUACCAACAAGGUGGUGUUACCCAAGAAGCUGCUACUCCAGUCUGGCUGCUCUUUUAUGGGGGAGUUGGCAUUUGCACGGGCCUCUGGGUCUGGGGCAGAAGAGUGAUCCAGACCAUGGGGAAGGAUCUCACGCCUAUCACGCCAUCCAGUGGCUUCACUAUUGAGCUGGCCUCUGCCUUCACCGUGGUGAUCGCCUCCAACAUUGGGCUUCCUGUCAGCACCACGCACUGCAAGGUGGGCUCCGUGGUGGCCGUGGGCUGGAUCCGCUCUCGGAAGGCUGUGGAUUGGCGCCUCUUCCGGAACAUAUUUGUUGCCUGGUUCGUGACUGUGCCUGUGGCUGGACUCUUCAGUGCUGCUAUCAUGGCUCUCCUCAUGUACAUAUGUGGUCUCUUCUCUUCCAGUCGGUAGACGGCUGUAGGGGUGCCCUGAUAUGGCUGUGGUUAACUCACACCUCCCACUCCUGCUUUUUCUGACACAUGCACACCCCUUCCGGGUGGCUUUGUGCCACCCCUGCUUCCCCAGGCCACAGUUCAUCUUCCAGGAUUAACCUACCUACUGUACAUAGUAGCAUACAUCACGCCGAUGCUCUGCGGGCAUGCUGUGCGGUGACUUAGAUAAAUGUGUCUUGUGUACCUAGGAUAGGUAGCAUCUAUCUUAAGCAAGCUCAGAACGAAAGCGGAGGGUAUUGCCUAGACCGCAAGCCUCUGUUAAUUGUAUAUAAUGAUUUCAGUGGUGGCGAGUGUAGAGUAUAAAAUCCUUUUUUAAAUACACUGUAAUAUAAGUGAGAUACAGUAUACGUAAUGCAAACCUGGGCAAGUGCUCGGGCCCUUGUGUGACUGCAUAACCCUGGGACAGGUGUUCACAAAGUGCUUUCUCUGAAGAAUGCGUUCCUGAGCUGUGUCUGAGUUACUAUGUAAUGUAUCACAACUGCUUUUGUAAAUACUGUAACUUUAACGGUAUGCUUCCCUUACACUUUUUUGAUUGGAGAAUUUUGGAAAGUACCAAAGAAAUAGGGGAUAACUUGCCAGUGUUACAUCUUCCCGUUGUUUGUCUCCUUUCCCACCGGCCACGACAGUCAACCUGGUGACAUCAGCCAGGCGAGCUUGGAACUCAGCCACCCACCAGCAGCAGCCAGGUGGCUGCCACACCAGAUACUGGUAAGCUUGUUCAGUGGCCUUUCCCUGUCACCAGCGUGAAUGACAGCAAUGGGGGUGUAGAGUUAGACACUACAUACAUAUCAAGUCCAACUCCGGUGUUUCUCCCUGCCGUGCCCUGCGACCUGCGACCUGAAAAGCAGGAUUCUUGUUGCCUACAUUAAAGCCAGUGAGGCUCUUGAUGGGCUUGGAUGCUGCAAACUCAGGGCGUAGCGGGAAGUACUGGCGAGAACACUGGGCUUGGGGGUUUUAGAGGCCUUUUCUCUGUAGAACAUCCGAGGUUCUCCUGUGGAGCCGCUAUUCUCUUCUGACGGUGGGAGAGAGUCAGGAUGACUAAAAUGUUAAGAGCCUGAAACCAUGGAAAUGCUGCUAAUAUUUUUAUAUUGACAUACAUUUUCACGGUACUUCAUUGUAAUUUUUUCAUUAAUCAAGCAUAUUAAAUUUAUAAUAAAAAAGUGCCCCUCAAAA